AUGGCUCCUUUCCAGCACUUCGACACGGAGGCACUCGCCUCGACGCCGCUCAUGCUCGACAACGACUACGCCGACGAGAAAGCAGCGCCGUCGCACUCCAAGCCAGCCAGCCCCAUCCAGGUCAAUAUCCGGGUGCCCCCCAUUGGCAAGACCUACUCGUUCCGAGGAUUCCGCGCCCUCAUCGCACUCGUACUCUUGCUUGCCGUGCCGUUUUUCGUGGUCAAGUCGACAGCCGAGUUCGUCUCAGAUGCGCUCAUCCGUCUCACGCGGCCGUGCCCGCAUGCUGCGAGCUCGGUUCGAGGUUAUGCCGAGCAUCUGCGCAGUGUCGGCUUCUUCAGCGCCGAAGCCAACGCCGACUCGCUGCAAAGGCCCGAUCCCGAGCAGCGCUGGAGGCAGUGGUUCGACAAGCUCGAAAACGACUUCCUCGCCGUGCCCAGUGCCGACAGCGCGCGCGACGCACUCAAGCGCUACACCAACGUCACCCACUACGCCGGCUCCGAAGGCGACUACAACUCGGCGCUCCAGAUCCUCGAGGAGUGGGGCACCCUCGUCGGUGCACCGCUCACCGACGACCUCAAGCACCUCGUCUUCGAUGCCGGCUCUCCCCAGAGUCAGGCUUACCUCCGCGGCGAAGGCGACAAGAACGGCGUGAGGGCCUGGACGGACACGUAUGCCGUCUGGCUCAACUAUCCCGUCAACUCGUCGCUCACCCUCGCCAAGCCCGACGCGCUCGACGCGCCCUACUGGUCCGCCAAGCUGCAGGAGGACGUGCUGGAAAAGGACCCCACCAGCUCGCGCGGCGUGCCCUUCUUCCACGGCUACUCGGCCUCCGGCAGCGUUUCCGGCCAGGUCGUCUUCGCCGGCAUGGGCAGGAAGCAGGACUUUGCCGACCUCGCUGCGCGCGGCAUCGACGUCAAGGGCAAGAUCGUGCUCGUCGACUACGGCUCCAACUUCCGCGGGCUCAAGGUGCGUGCGGCGCAGGAAGCAGGUGCCGUCGGCGUCAUCAUCUACACCGACACCAUCGAGGACGGCGAGGUCACCGAGGCCAACGGCUACAAAGCGUAUCCCGACGGUCCGGCUCGCAACCCCUCGGCCAUCCAGCGCGGCUCGGUGCAAGGCCUGUCUUUCUACCCCGGUGAUCCCUCGACGCCGGGCAAGCCGUCGUACCGCAACGCGACGCGCCUCGAGCCCCAAGACGCCGACUCGCUGCCCAAGAUCCCCUCGCUACCGCUCUCGUACACCGAAGCCAAGGUGCUGCUUGCCGCGAUGAAGGGCAAGGGCAUCCGCGCGAGCGACGUCAACGACCGCCUCGCCGGCGCCAUCGACGGCGUCGAGUACUGGACCGGUCCUUCCGACGACGUGGUUCACCUCGAGAACUUUGUCGACCUCCAGGUGCGCGACAUCUGGAACACGUACGCCGUGCUCCCCGGCCACAUCACCGACGAAGUCGUCGUGCUGGGCAACCAUCGCGAUGCGUGGACGUUCGGUGCGGCCGACCCCAACUCGGGCACCGCUGCCUUCCACGAAGCCAUCAAGGGGCUCGGCCAGCUCUACCGCUCCGGCUGGAAGCCCAUGCGCACCAUCGUAUUCGCCUCCUGGGACGCCGAAGAGUACGGCCUCGUCGGAUCCACCGAGUUUGGCGAAGACUAUGCAAAGUGGAUCCAGGACCACGUCGUCGCCUACCACAACGUAGACGUCUCCGUCUCGGGCUCGGUCAUCCAGUCGAGCUCCUCGCCCUCGCUCUCGCGGUUCGUCCAGGAUGCUGCAGCCAAGGUGGACGAUCCCAACACCUCGGGAAAGAUCAAGCUCGAUGCGUUCAACCCGCUCGGUUCCGGCUCGGACUACACCGUCUUCCUCCAGCACCUUGGUGUGGCAUCCACCGACCUGGGCUACAAACGCGCCGCCAAGGAUUCAGUCUACAUGUACCAUUCCAACUACGACAGCUUCUUCUGGAUGGACAACUUUGGCGACCCGGGAUUCCGACGCCACGAAGCUGCGGCCAAGAUCGUCGGCCUCAUGGCGAUCGAGACGUCCACGCAGCUCUUUGCACCCAUCAAUGUGGCCGACUACGCACACGAACUCACCAAGUACCUCGCCAACAUCGAGAAGCUCGCCGCCAAGGAGCUCGGCAUCCCCCUCGGCGCGCGCCAUCCCGCGUGGCUCGGUGAGCUGCGUAUUGCGAUCCACUCGCUCGGCGUAGCGGCCAAGGGCUUUGAGAAGAACAAGGCGUUCCUUCGCAAGAGGCUCGUCCAUCUCGCCAAGAAGGUGCACAAGCAGGGCGGACACGACAAGGAGAUCCGCAAGGUGCUUGCGCAGAUCAGGCGCGUCAACCAGAAGCUCCAGACCUUCGAGCAGGGCUUCAUCUCCAACGACGGUCUCAAGGGCCGAGCCUGGUACAAGCACCUCGGCACCGCUCCGGGCCGAUGGCUCGGCUACGGCGCCACCACCUUCCCCGGCGUCACCGAGGCCAUCACCCUCGACAAGGGCAGUGGCCUGCAAGCCGAAGCGCACCGUCUCACCACCCACAUCAAGCGUCUCUCGCACCACCUCAACCACUAG